GAUUCCCCUACAAACAGGAAGGGGAAGAAAGUGCUCAACUAACUAGUCAUGUUACACUAGCUAACGCAAUUCAUUUCUACUAUUAUUAUAAGCAAAGACAUUUCAUUCAGAAGAUGUUCGGGGGAGACAACGAAGAUGGAGACUUUUUGUCCCCCACAGGAGGGGCCAAGCUGGCGUCACUGUUUGGACUUGACCAAGAAGCCAGUCAGGGAAAUGAGUCUUUCCAGUACACGGCUCCCAAACAGCCCAGAAAGAGCUCCAAUCCAGCACCGACCACGCAGAAACCAGCACCACCACCUGGAGCUCCUACAGUAUUGUUUGCCACAGCAGUUCAGGCCUUCAGAUACAUUAACGAACAGUAUGUGAACCAAGGGAAGCUGGGAGCAGCCGUACUGGGAAGCCACACAACAAAAGAGUACAAGCUGCUUCUGUAUCUGAGCCAACAGAAACAAGUGACCGCUGCCAAGAUCCAUCAGGGGUUUAUGUUAACGGUACAGCCCAACAACUACUGCACUUUCUAUGAUGACCAAAGGCAGAACUGGUCCCUGAUGUUUGACUCAGAGAAAGCUUCAUGUGACUUCUGCAAAGAGGUAUGUUUAGCCAAAGCAAACAGCUCCGCCUCCUUAGAUGCUGUGGUGGUUCAGGAGCUGUUUCUGGGGGAGGGCCAGGGGGUGGAGACUGGAGACUCUCUGGAGGUGGUGUAUACAGGCUGGCUCCUGCAGAACCACACCAUCGGACAGAUGUUUGACUCUAAUCAGAACAAAGACAAGUUACUACGACUGAAAAUCGGAGCUGGAAAAGUGAUUAAAGGCUGGGAGGAAGGGAUGCUGGGGAUGAAGAAGGCAGGCCGCCGUCUCAUUGUCAUCCCACCAAGCCUCGCUUAUGGAUCCAAGGGAGUCCCCAACCGUGUCCCACCAAACAGCACUCUUAUAUUUGAAGCAGAGCUUCGACGGGUGAAGUUUUCCAAGGACAAUGGGUCUGAUCGGGCCAGCACCAGGGGCUCUGCUGCUCCCUCUCCAGCUCCUUCACCAGCACCCAGUGUGGAGAGUCUGGCCCCAGAGCCCUCAGCACAGACCCCAGCCUCAGGUCCAGGCAGACCAGGGGAGCCACCGCUACGUGCAAAGUCAAACUCCCUCAGUGAGCAGCUGGCGAAUCCAGAUGCCACAAAAGCCAAACUGAUCUCUCGCAUGGCAAAGAUGGGACAGCCUAUGUUACCAUUUUUGGCAGGGGUGACCAGCCAACCAGAAUCCAGCGACUCUGAGCUAGAGGACACCAGCGGCAGCAGGCUGAAGGAUCGUCCUGCUGCUCCGUCUCCAGUGCAGAUCACAGCUGCUGCUGCUCAAGGCUCUGCUCAUGUGCAUCCUCAUCCUCACACCACGCCUGCACCGUCUGCCUUACUUCCUGUUAUGACCACUGUUACUUCACAGCAUGGUUUGCCAGGAAACACUCAUGCCUUUCAGCCUUAUUCCUACGCUCAGACCUCUGCGACUCCAUCUCAGCUGCAACCUGUGGGCCAGGUCUUCCCUGCACAAACUGUCCCAUACGUGGGCUCCAGUGAUGUGACUUCUUUCUUGAUGACCGAGGCCCGGCAGCACAACACAGAGAUCCGGUUAGCUGUUGGAAAAGUAGGGGAUAAGGUGGAUCAGCUGGCCUCAAAGAUUGAUGAUCUGCAGAAGCAGGGAAGUCUUUCCAUGGGUGUGUCUAAUAUGUCAAUGGAAACCUCCAUGAUCAUGCACAACAUCCAGAGAAUUGUCCAGGAAAAUGAAUGUUUGAAGAAAGAAGUCUUUGAAAAAAGCUCCCGUAUUGAGGAGCAGAACCGAAAGAUUGGAGACCUUAUUAACCAGAACCAGAGGUACAUGGAGCAGAGUCACCUGCUGCUCGAACAGAGAAAUGACUCCCUCAAGUCGUCCAGUGAACAGAACCAGGCCAGACUCCUUCAGGCCGAGCAGGACAAGCAUGCACUGCCUCAGGACCUGGGCUUCGGCCAGGUUCGUCUAACGGAGGAUCUGGCUUCGUCUGUGGCUCGUCUGUCUCAGCUGCAACUGGAAGCUUCUGCUCAGCAGCAGAAAGCUGCGGAGCUGCAGGUUAAACUGAACUCAGUGCUGCAAGACAAUGAGAACCACUGCCAAAACAUCACUACUCUGCAAACACAACUGGAAGAGCUGAAGGAGGGAGCAGAACGGACCCAGACUCAGUACCGUUCAGAGAAACAGAGACGCAAAGAGAUGGAGCUGAAAGUCAACAACAUGGAGGAGGAAAUGCAGGACCUGAGGACUGACAAAGAGAGUCUGGAACGAACACUUUCAGAACGGAAGAAGAAGUGGCAGGCAGAGCGCCAGCGUCGGGAUGAAGAGGUCGAGGAACUACGCAAGAGCAGCCAGCAGGAACUGGAUAACGUCCGGGCUCAACUCCGCAAGGCCCGAACCAGCAACGACAACGCUGCAUCUGAACAGUUGUCUCAGCUGCAGACGGAGCUGGAGGAGGAAUGGAAGGGGAAGUGUGAACAGGCGGUGGCCGUGGCCAAAGAGCAGCACAGGAGAGAGCAGAGUGAACUCACAGAGCAGAGGGACGCUCUGCAGGACAAGCUAAACCAGCUGCAGGAGAAGUUCACAGCUCUGAAACAGUCGAAAGAGUCCGAAGAACAGAGUUUACUGCAGCAGCGGAGUCACACUGAGGAGCUGAACGCCCUUCAGGAAAAAUACACAGCCUUGGAGCAGCAGGGAACAGCUGUACGAGAGAAACUGGAGAGGAGAGUGGUUGAACUGGAGAACAAACUGGCAGAACAACAAGGUUCAGGAGACACUGCAGCAGAGGUGAAGCGUGUGAUGAAUGGAGUGUUCCAUUCUCUGCGAGGGGAGUUUGACCUCAGUGAGUCGUACAGUGGCCAGGCUGUGUUGGGGGUGAUUGUCACCACCAUCAAGAAUGUAACCCUGCAGCUGUUGAGCAACUCUGAGAAAUCAGCAUCGACACCGAGUAAGAAGGAAGAGGAAGAGGAGGAAGAGGAGGUCAAACCUCAGCAGAACGUUCAUGUGAAUGGAGAAAGAGAAGAGGAAGUCAAAGAGGAAGAGAAGGAGGAAGUACAUACGGCUCAAUCUGAGUCUCAACCACUCGGCAAGGACCAGAAGGACGAGGAAGUAUCGGAAAAGAUGGAAACGGUUCCUGCGUCAGAAACACAAAAUCAGUCAGAAGCUUUAGAGUCCAUGGAAAUCCAUCAGGGUACAGCCACUGAAUCCAAACCAGCGGAGGAGGCAGCAGAUUCAGAAGCACAGCAGGAGGCGGUACCAUGCUCUGCUCCUCCUGCUGCUCCUUUGGAAGAGGACGACACCAGUAAAACUCCAGAUCCACCAGGAGGAUCUGAGGAGAGUUCAACACCUGAGAUGGCACAAGAAACUGAAGAACACAACGCUGUGGUGAACAGUGAGACGGAGAAGAACAAGGAUGAUGAAGAGCAUCCAGAAGAAACCAAUGGUGAUACUCAGAAAGGCUUUGGCCCGCCCACAAACCCUCCUCCACCACCAAAAGCACAGAACAGCCCACGGCAGGACACAGGUCUGACUGGGGGAAUGGGUGAGGAAAAUGGAGAGGGGCCAUUUUUCCAGACCACAACUCCUGCCAAACCCCCUGCAGCGGCCAGCGAGGAGGAAGAGGAGGAGGAACUGAGCUUGAAGGGGCAUCCUCCACCUGCCCCGCUGUUCGGUGACGACGACGAAGACGAUGAUCUGGACUGGCUAAACUGACAAGCAACCACAGUAGUCUGGUUUUUUAAAAUUGUCAACACUAAAGAGGAAUGUGGUGCUUUCCCAUCUGUCUGCGAGGAGAAGCUCAUUCUGAUGAACUGAAGGAAAAGUCAAACAGUUGAACAACUUCUCUGCGGUUUCACAUUGACUGAGCUGCUGCCACAGCUUCACAGAGAACAAAACUACAAUCCCUGGCUUUUAUUCCGGUUCAAUAAACAAACCUGUAAUUCACAGAAACUGCUUUUCUUUAAUUGUGUCAUAUGUGUUGUUGAUACGAUUUAAUACCCAUCUUUUUACACAGCACUGUAGCAGAUUAUUUAGUUGGAUCAGCAGUUUUACCCUGUUGUUGUCUGUGGUUUCAGACUGUAUCAUGAAAUGGUUUUUAAUUAUUAGCUUGCUGCUUUAAAAAUAACUUUUACACAGUUUUGCUGAAAUGACAUUCAUUCCUGAAAAUAAAUGAGAUGAACUUGUG